AUGGACGGGAUGCUGUCCACCGGCAUGCUGGCAUCCGUGUUCGCGCUGUCGGACACGGGUCAAGUCAGCAAGGAGCCGGUGAACGUGCAAUGCCUUGGUGUCAAGGAUAUACAAGGGAAAGACAGGCAGCCCAGGUUCAGGAUACUGAUCAGCGACGGUGUCAACUUUGGGAUGGCCAUGCUUGCGUCACAGAUGACGGACAAAGUGUCCAACGGCCAGCUUGUAGAAGGCUCCAUCCUGCGGUUGACUGACUACCUGCCGAACACUGUGAACGGCAGAAAGAUUCUCAUUGUCCUCCAACUGGAAGUUCUUGGGAGGUCUGGAAAGAUCGGCGACCCCCAAGCUUUGGAGCAGCGCGUUGGUAUGGCUGCGCCUGCACAGCACAGCAUGAACGGCGCUGGAGGUAACCUGAAUCAGAACUCAGCUCCAGCGCCUGGCAGCACGGGGCCUGGCAGCACGGGGCCCUACGGCCAGGGUGCCUGGCCAACAACGGGUAUGUAUGGCCAGGGGGGUUCAACCAGGCCGUCGGGCCAGAGCGGGGGGUACAGCAGCAACUAUCAGGACAGCCGGGGGCCUCCAGGCAGUGGGGCAGCCUCCUUUUAUGGACAGGGGCCCCAACGUGGUGGAGGUGGUGAUGCAGGCAAUUCUUAUCGAUCAAGGAAUGUGCAUGAAGGCGGGCCCUAUGGGCAGUCCGGUGGUGGACUGAACCCCGGGGCGGGGCCCCCGCAGUACAACAUGAGCCGUGGGGGUCCCAUCGCAAGGGACGAGACUCCUGCCAACAUCACGCCCAUCAGCAGCCUCAACCCCUACAUGAACAGGUGGACCAUCAAGGCACGCUGCACCUCCAAGUCAGACGUGAGGAGAUGGUCAAAUGCGCGUUCGGAGGGCAAGGUCUUCAGCUUCGACCUGCUGGAUGGGCAAGGGGGAGAGAUCCGGGUCACGGGUUUCAAUGACGAAGCAGACAGGUACUUCGACAUGGUUGAGACCGGUGGGAUCUACACAUUGUCCAAAGCGAGCCUGACGCAGAAGAAACCCCAAUUCAAUCACACCAAUCACCAGUUCGAAAUUCGGCUGGAGCGCCAGAGUGUGUUGGAGCGCUGCCCAGAGGACAACUCCACGUCUCAUAUACCAAGGGUUCAGUACCAGUUCAGGGACAUAGGCUCCAUUCAGAACCUUGAGGCUGGCACCAUGGUGGACGUGGUGGGAGUGGUGGAGCGCGUGGAGCCCUGGAGCAAGAUCACCAAAAAGAAUGGCGAUGAGGCCAUGAAACGACCUGUGAUAAUAAAGGACAAGUCACUCUUCUCCAUCGAGAUUACCCUUUGGGGAAAUUUCGUGACCAAUCCUGGUGAUGCCCUGGAGCAGGAGCUUCAAAACAACAGGCACCCAGUGAUCGCAGUGAAAGGGGCACGGGUUGGUGACUUUUCUGGAAAGAACUUGUCGACCAUCAGCAGUAGCCAAGUUGACGUCGACCCCACAGAUGUGCCAGAGGUUGCCACGCUUCGCCAAUGGUUCGAACAAGCAGGCGGUGAUCAAGUCCAGGUAGCUUCGCUGAGCAACAUGAGGGGCAGUGGUGGUGGACACAAUUCCCCUCGUGUGACUCUGGAUUCGAUCAAAGGCAUGCUGGGCGCUGAUGGCCAGGCUGCUUACUGUCAGGUGGCGGCCACAGUCUUCUUCAUUCGCAAUGAAAACAUGUACUACCCUGCGUGCCCCCUGGAUUUCAAUGGACGGCAGUGCCACAAGAAGCUGAGAGAGGAGUCCGUGGAUCGAUGGGUGUGCGAGAGGUGCCAGAACAAUGUUGAGAGGCCCUUGUGGAGGUAUCUGCUGUCCUUGACCCUUAAAGACCAAACGGGGCAGCAGAUCGUGACAGCCUUCGGCGAGCAGGGGCAGGAAAUCUUGGGAAUGAGUGCUGACAGCCUGAAGGAGCUGGAGGGGUCCCCUGAUUUCGACAAAGUCGUUAUGGCGGCCAACUUCAGCGAGCGACUGUUCACUCUGCGAGUGCAUGAGGACUUCUACAAUGACGAGAAGAGGACAAAGGUCUCGGUGGUGCGGCAAGAGCGGAUCGACUGGCAGAAGGAGUCAAAGGUGCUCAUGAGCGAAAUACAGUCGCUCAGCGGCGGUGGCACACCCCAGCAGCCCCCAGGCAGCCAGCAGCUGUACCAACCACCCCCGGCACACAAUGCUGGCGGCCAGUCCCACGGGGCACCACAGGCCGGAAUGGGCGCUUAUGGAGGCAGCAACAGCUACAGCUCCAUGGGCGGCCCCUCUGCCGGGAUGAUGGGCGGAGGUAUGGGGUACAACCGGCAGCCGAACGGCACAUCAGCUUGGCAGGGUGGCCAAGGGGGUGCAGGGUUCAAGCGGUAUUCUGAGGCAUGGUAG